AUGUUACUAGAGGGUGUGACACUGACCCUCACCCCUGACCAGGGCACUACUCUCAACAUCAGCCAGAGUUCAGAGCGCAGCAGGGGGUCAAAGUGUACUGUAUGCACCGGUACAGGCUUGAAGAAGUCCUGCUCCAGAGCUGGAAGUGAUUAUGUGGUGCUGCUGACAGACCCCAAAGCUGCUGUGAACAUAGAGUUCACCUGCCCCAAACCAGAGGAAGUCUUCACUGUGGAGGUGGUCAGGGAAAUAGAUUGUACCACAAAGUCCUGUAAUGGAGACAUCACCCCCAUUGAGUCUAGAACCGGAACGCUUCCACUCCAGAACUUCAACCGUACCUUUAUCUGGAACCUGAAGGCCCCGGUUCCACGGGCGUUCCAUUUGGACUUCACCCAGAUGGGGAUGAGACAGAUCCUGCCCUCUGAGAGAUGUCAAGACCAGCACACGUAUACCCUGCUAGCCCUCCAGAGGACAGGGGAGGCUGCCAUCGGGACGUACUGCAGGAACGGCAGCGUCUCUGGGGCUCAGGUCUUGAACCAGGGCAGGCUCUCUCUGGAGGUCACUGGAGGACGGAAACUGAACCCCACCAUGUUCAACGUGUCUGUUGGAGAGGAAAUCAAAUCACUUGCUGUCCUCAAAGUGACUUUACCGGAAGGGACGUCGUCUUCGGAGUUGCUCUCUCCAAACUACCCGAAUAGUUUCCCUGACGAUGACCAGAUGGAGUGGAAGUUUGUGGUCCCUCCCAAACACAACGCUACGGUUGUCUUCCUGGGUCAGACCCAGCCGCAGUGCCUGAAGAAGGAGCCGGCCGUGGAGUAUCACCACGGUAACGGGCGGUUCGCGGUGGUGAAGAAGCUGUCGGACCCCCAGCCGGCCCAACGUCGGGACUCCUUCUCCCUGAUCCUAAGGAACUGUGAGAUGAACAGGAUCGGAGACGGCUCCACUGGUCUCUCCCUCCGCUUCAAGGUUUCAGCCAAGAGGAGGAGUCUUCCAGUGAUGUGCAACGUGGACCUGAGGAAAGAGCGGAGGCUUUCCCUCCAUAUUGAGAAAACUAACCUCAUGUCUGACUGUGAGCUGAAGCUGAACUCUGUCAUCCAGGAGAAAAUCACUGUUCCCUCAGGGAAGAUCUCUCAGCUGUCCUUCCAGGACUGCCCAUGUCAGGAGCUGCUACUGACUGCCAUCAGAAUCAUAGAGUGCCGUCACUGGAGGGGCUGCCCAGCAGCAGCAGCCCCUGUCCCUCUGACGGCGCCCGUCCUGGAGAGGUGUCUUCCCGCUCCCCUGGGCAAUGUCACCUGGAUCCUCCGUCCACCUCGGCAUGGCACGGUAGAGCUCCUGCCCACUACUGGCGACCUCAGGCAGUCCCUGCCAGAACAACCCUGCAACGGCUCUGUCACUCUCACCGUGGCCGAGGACGAUGACGGCACCACCGUGGGUCAGUUCUGCCCUCAGGGAGCCAUACGCAAAGUCCAGGUCCACACCAACGUGUCCAUCACAGCUUCAGCCUCGACCAUGGGAGGGAAAGAGAGGUGGCCAUUCGCACACCCUUUACUCAACAUCUCCUUCACCAGGGAGAUUGCAGAGAGAUACAUUUUCACGGUAUACCCAAUGAAAGGAGUACCAACUCUCCUGGCCACCCCUAGUUGGCCUGUGGGAAUGAAGUCCUACUCCACUGUGUCCUGGAUCGUCGUUGUCCCCUCCAAGCUGGAAGCCCACCUCAUGUUCGACAACAUCAGCCAGCCUAAGUGCAGCAACCGCCACACGGGCAUCAGGGUGCAGAUCCUGGGCUCCCUGGAGGAGAUGUACAGCCGGCGGGAGGACGAGGAGGCAGGCAGGAAGAUCACUGUCUCAGAGAGCUUCUACCUCAACAUGUCCAACUGUAUGCCUGAGAGAGGAGACUUCAGCGUGCUCACACAGAUCACACUGCACAAGGACAAGAACCUGCUUCUGACCAGCAUUCUGAGUGCGGUGGCAGCUCUGCUGGUUCUCAUGGUGGUUGUGUUGGCUGUGGUUUGUGUGGUGAUCAAGUAA